GCUUUGAACGAGCCAUUAUUAGAGGUUAUUUUGAAGAUUAUGAUAGUAAUCCUGGAGGUUCACUCGAUUCUAAUUUGGUAAAAAAUUAUAACCAUGCUAAAGAAGCCGGGUACACUUAUAUUGAUGUUUAUAUGUCCCCAUGUACCGGAAGGUCAACUUGUAAAGCUCCUUCAAAACAAGUUAAAGAAUUAGUAAACCAGAUUUCUACUAAUAAGUUAACAAUUCAAACAAUAUGGUUAAGUAUUGAAAUAAAUACCGAUUCUCAUAAUUGGGAUUUGGGUCCAGUUGAAAAUAGAAAAAUUUUACAAAAAUUUCAUACUGCUUGGAAAUCUACCGGUUUGAAAUUCGGUAUAUACACUAGUCAAUCUCAAUGGGAAAUAAUUACUGGUGAUAGAAAUUGGGUUUUGGAUUCUAAUAUACCAUUAUGGUACGCUAUUUAUGAUAGUCAUCGUGUUUUUGAUCAUUACCAAAUAUUAUAA